AUAUGGUCUAUCAGUCUACCAGAAAUCCUACCUGGCAAGCGACAUAUUUCUGGCAACUGAUCUUGAUUACAAGGAAAGUGGGGCUUCUGGAGAUGAAAAUGGAAAUAUGGACAUAGUCAUUCUGGGUCAACUAUUUUGAUUGUUUGUUUUUCUAUUGCACUUUUCAGAUAAUGUUACUGUAGUUUUAGGAGUGUUAGUGGUAUUGAUGCAAUCAAGAUAAUAAUCAAAUUGUGUUAAAUUAAUUCUAAAGUAUCAAUUUCCGUUUCAUGUUUUUCUUCCAGCUGUAUCGUAGUGAUAGUGACAGUUCCACUCUGCCAAGAAAGUCACCUUUCAUCCGAAAUACUUUGGAAAGGCGUACAUUGCGUUAUAAGCAGCAAUCAUGUAGAUCAUCUUUGGCUGAUCUUAUGGAAAGGACAUCACUAGACCUGGAGCUGGAUCUUCAGGCUUCCAGAACAAGGCAGAGGCACUUGAAUGAAGAAUUGUCUGUUCUGCGAGAGUUGCGGCAACGCCUGGAGGAUGCCCAGCUUACUGGUCAAACUGACCUGCCUCAUUGGGUCCUUCGGGAUGAACGAUUCCGAAACUUGCUGAAGGAAGCAGAAAAACAGACAAGACAGACCAAAUUUGAGCAUCAUCAACAGCAAGCAGCUGAAAAAUUGCUUAAAAAAGCAUCCAAAGAAGUAUACCAGCUGCGUGGACAAAAUCAGAAGGAGCCUAUUCAAGUGCAGACUUUUCGGGAGAAGAUGGCAUUCUUUACAAGGCCAAGGAUCAAUAUACCUCCUCUUCCAGCUGAUGAUGUAUAACAUGUUACAUUAUAAACAUGAAGUAUUUAUCUGCCUGUUCCUAUUUUAUAGUGAAGUUACUAAACCAGUUAAGUUUAUUUUUUAAAACCUUUGUGUAAAAACUAUUAAUAUACACAUUUUGUAAAAAAAAGUAAAAAUAAACAAAAACAUAUAAAUAUAUACAUAUAUAUUUUAUAAUAGUGACUGCAGCAAGGCUUGGUUUUUCCUUGUUGUGAAACUUAUGUCGCUGAAGACGACUUAUUUUAUAUUAAAGAAAAAAAAUCAACUA